CAUAAGGGGUGUGUGAGGCUUGCUGUGAGAAUAUCUGCUAACAAGAAGAAACUUAAGAAGAAAAAUAUCCUUGUCACUGGUUUGGAAUGAGAUUUGAUGCACUGAGAAUCUGAUCAUCAUUUGUGCUUUGAAGAACAUUUCGACCUUCCAAAGGCUCAGUUUUCCCGCCCAUGGACUUCAUUUUUCCAUGAUGACUAUAAUGAAAAAAUGCUUCCGCCAAAAACGGCAUAUGUGGGCUUUUGGAUGUCUCAUGCUGUUGGCCACAGGGGUCCUGAAACUGUCUGACACCUGGAAAUGUGACUUCAGUGACUUGGGUGUGGAGUCCCUGGAUGUCUGGAAGGAAUCCUGCAAGGAUAAGCUCUAUCAGUCCCUGAAACUGCUACCCAAGAACUCCAUCAACUGCUCUCUGAUCACCAGAGGGAAUCCCGAUGCUGUGGCCCAGGCAGCCUUGAUCAAAUUGGAGAACAAGUUAAAAAGGAAGCCUCUGACUGAGGCUCAAUAUCUCAACAUGACUCAGGACUGUGCCCACUUCAGGGCCAGUCAGAGGUUCAUUCAGUUUCCACUGAGCAAGGAGGAGGAGGACUUCCCCAUUGCAUAUUCAAUGGUGAUUCACGAGAAGAUUGAAAACUUUGAGAGACUUCUGAGGGCCUUGUAUGCCCCACAGAAUAUCUACUGCAUCCAUGUGGAUAUGAAGUCUUCAGAAGCCUUCAAGGAAGCAGUCAGAGCCAUUAGUUCAUGCUUCCCAAAUGUCUUUGUGGCUAAAAAUCUGGUCCAAGUGGUGUAUGCUUCCUGGUCCAGAGUACAAGCUGAUCUGAACUGCAUGGAGGAGUUGCUCCAGAGUUCUGUGCCCUGGAAAUACCUUUUGAAUACCUGUGGUACUGAUUUUCCCAUAAAGACCAAUGCUGAGAUGGUGAGGUCUCUCAAAGUGUUGAAUGGGAAGAAUAGUAUGGAAUCAGAAAUACCCACUAAUUACAAAAAAGGGCGCUGGAAAUAUCAUUAUGAGGUCAAGAGUAACAUAUUCCAGACCAAAAAGAUAAAGACAACUCCGCCCCAUGGCUUGCCCAUGUUCACAGGGAAUGCCUAUAUUGUGGCUUCCCGGGACUUUAUCCAACAACUCUUUAAGAACCCAGAUGCUCAAAAGUUGAUAGAGUGGGUGAAGGACACCUAUAGCCCUGAUGAACAUCUCUGGGCCACUCUCCACAGGAUGCCCUGGAUGCCUGGCUCUGUACCCUACCAUGAAAAGUACCAUAUCUCUGACCUAAAUGCCAUUGCCCGGUUUGUGAAGUGGCAAGGCUAUGAUGGUGAUAUCAGCAAGGGGGCCCCCUAUCCCCUCUGUACUGGAAUCUACCAGAGGGGCGUUUGUGUGUAUGGGGCUGGAGACCUGCAUUUUAUGCUCCAAAGUCACCAUCUGUUGGCCAACAAGUUUGACCCAAAGGUAGAUGACAAUGCACUCCAGUGCCUGGAAGAAUAUCUGCGAUACAAAGCCAUUUAUGGGAGGCAGCUCUGAGAGAGAAGAUGUGGCCACCGAUGGGUAUGAGAUGCCUAAGAAACUCUUUCAAGCAUGUAAGGAACCCAUUAGAACAGUGUGACAUGGUAGUGUAGAAACUUUUGUGGCACCCCUAAAGAAGAGAGAUUUCUUCUUUUGGAUCAGCAUUUAGCAGGACUGAUACCAAGAGAUGAUUUCUGCCCCAUAUGAUUGCUGAUUAUGUUAUUUCCUUCUU